AGUCGGCACAGAAUGAUGGAGAGUGGCAGCCCUCAGUCUCAGUAGCCAGUUGUAUUUGAUCCGCCGCGAGCGUACGCCAAGUUUUAUUUUUAAUUUUUAACAACAAAAAAAAAAGAAAAUAAUAGUGGUGUACGGUUUUCGUGUCCUCAAGUGUACCGUAACAGUAUAGCGCUUUGUUAUUGGUGUAACUUUUGCUCUUAUUUGAGUAAAAGGAUUAAAAAUUAAAAUAAUAGCAGCGUGCAGUUUUCGUGCCCUCGAGUGCAACUUAUAGACCCUAAUAGGUUAACACUGGUGGACAUAAUUUUUUUUAAACAAGUUUCAUACAAGGACAUCUACGAGUAUAUUCUCUAAGUGAAGUAAUUUUUUUUAUAGUUUGUAUGAAAAGUAGGUCGAAUAAAUAAACAAAAAGUAAAAGGUGGUCAUUAUUUCACAGUUUUACAUUAAUCGAAAGCAGUUUAUAUUGACAUUAAUGUAUGAGAAACCCAAAUAAUGGUCAGAUAACGUGGCGAGGUAGUCGAAAGUGUUGACAGUGAAGUGUGUUGUGAUGUUCGUACGGACGUAGACUGCACAGAGUUGUGUUGCGGAGUGGUGUGGAGUGGUGUUAUGAUAAAAUGGGCAUUAUAAUAGGAACUUGCGUGCCCGACUCUGAGCCUGACUCGGCGGCGUACGGGCCGCAGCACAGGCGACCGCCGAGAAGGAUUCUCUAUGGAAUCAAAUGUCCAGUGUGCAGUAAGUUCGUGCUGCCCGACGACAUCGAGUGCCAUCUUGUCAUGUGUCUGACGAGGCCGAGACUCUCAUAUAAUGAGGACGUGCUGAGCGACUCGAAGGGCGAGUGCGUGAUCUGCCUCGAGGAGCUGUGCGCCGGCGACACCAUCGCGCGCCUGCCUUGCCUCUGCAUCUACCACAAGGGAUGUAUAGACCAAUGGUUCGAAGUGAACAGAUCAUGCCCGGAGCACCCCGGCGACUAGUGGCCUCGCGCGCCCGCCUCGGCCGCGCCUCGGCGAGCCGGCCUCGCGAGGCGCGGCCUGGCCCGACGCGAGGCCCGUGUAAGCCACGGUGUGGCCUGAGGCGCCAGGAAAUGGAUUUUGUGGCGUUGCCACGUCGGGCCGCCCGAACUAGUGCCAUCGUCGCGAGUGAUAAUUUUAUACAAUGAACUGACUGCGCCCCCGGGCCUUGUAAAUAUAAACUUAUGCUAGUGACAUGUUUUACCAUUUAAUUAAUUAAAAUUAAAAUGAAAACAAAAAUAAAACAAAAAUACAAAGACAAUUAUAUUAUAGUAACAUCGCUAAUGGGAACUUCUCGGUGGAGUAUUAUAUUAUUGUAUUAUCAUUGAAAAUUUUACAUCGUUCACUUUGUUUUGUUCGGACGCGGUUGGCGCGGGAUCGUACUAGGGGGUUUUUGGCCGUUCUUGGUUCCUUGCGCAGUGACAUCCUCAACAUCACAAUUCCUGACGAUAUUCAAGACUAUAUAAUGUAUUGAAGAUGUGUCCAAGAAGUCACAAAAUGCGUAUUGAGAAUUAAACUGUCAAUAUCAAGCAUCAAUCAAUCUUUUUGUCUGCAUUUAUCGCUCUGUACCUACCUAAUGCGAGUUUCAAUAGUAUGUAU